GGGAAACGGCCGGCGUCAGUGCCUAGAGGCCUGCGGCGGGCGCUGCGGUAUCCGCUAGGCCUGGUCCAGGCUUCCGGGAUUUCCGUCUGGCGGCUUUUCGGAAACUCUGGGGCGCGGAGAAACAUGGCACUGCCCACACUGCCCUCCUACUGGUGCAGCCGGAGGCUCCUAGAUCAGCAGUUAGCACGACAGCGAGAGCAGGAGGCCCGGCUUCGGCAGCAGUGGGAUCAGAACAGCCGCUACUUCAGGCUGUCCGACAUUUGCAGCUCCAAACAGGCAGAGUGGAGCUCCAGGACCUCUUACCAGCGGAGCAUGCAUGCCUAUCAGCGGGAGAAGAUGAAGGAGGAGAAGAGGAGGAGUCUGGAGGCCAGACGCGAGAGGCUCAGGCAGCUUCUGCUUGAGGAGCAGGACCUGCUGGCCAAAGAACUGGAGGACCUGAGCACAGACCUCCGGGAAAGUAGAAUCCGCGAGCGGCUUGGGAGCCUGAAAUCAGCCCGAGAAGAGCAAAGGAAACUGAUUGCUGAACAGCUUCUGUACGACCAUUGGAAAAAGAACAACCUUAAGCUUCGAGAGAUUGAAUUGGACCUUCACAAGAAGCAUGUGAUAAACUCUUGGGAAAGGCAGAAAGAAGAAAAAAAACAGCAAGAAGCCACCAACAAGGAAGAAAAAAAAAGGUAUGAAAAUGAAUAUGAAACGGCCCGCAGGGAAGCGAUAGAACGGAUGAAAGCAGAAGAAGAGAGGAGGCAGUUAGAGGAUAAGCUACAAGCCGAGGCAUUGCUUCAGCAGAUGGAGGAGCUGAAGUUGAAGGAGAUGGAGGCGACCAAACUGAAGAAGGAGCAGGAGAAUCUGUUGAAGCAACGGUGGGAGCUGGAGAGGCUGGAAGAAGAGAGGAAGCAAAUGGCAGCCUUGCGGCAGAAGGCAGAGCUGGGGCGCUUUUUGAGACAUCAGUAUAAUGUACAACUCAACAGACGUACACAGCAGAUCCAAGAGGAACUGGAGGCUGACAAGCGGAUCCUGCAGGCGCUCCUGGAGGAGGAGGAGGAGAACCAGCGCAUCCACCUGGCCAAGCGGGAGCAGGCCCUGUCGGAUGUGGCCUGGAUGAAGCAGGUCAUCGAGGAGCAGCUGCAGCUGGAGAGGGAGCGGGAGGCAGAGCUGCAGAUGCUGCUGAGGGAAGAAGCCAAGGAAAUGUGGGAAAAGAGAGAGGCUGAGUGGGCCCGAGAGAGGAGCGCGCGGGACAGACUGAUGAGGGAGGUUCUGACAGGAAGACAACAACAAAUACGAGAAAAGAUUGAACAGAACCGACGUGCACAAGAGGAAUCCCUGAAACAAAGGGAGCAACUUAUUCAAAAUCUCGAGGAGGUGAGAGAGUCAGCUCGUCGUGAGAAGGAAGAGAGUGAAGAACUGAAGUCCGCGAGGAAGCAAGAGCUGGAAGCCCAGGUAGCCGUGCGCCAGCUUCAGGCCUGGGAGGAGGAACAGCGGCAGGAGGAGGAGGUGGCGGCGGCCAGGCAGGCGGAGCAGCUCAGCGAUGCCCUCCUACAGCAGGAGGCAAAGACGAUGGCCACGCAGGGCUACCAGCCCAAGCUUUAUGGACAUCCCAGAAUUGCUUGGAACUGACUCAGUUUGUACCAUAAGCACAGGGCACAAGGAUGCUGAGGCCUGUGAUAUGCAGCCACCCAACAGCUUUACGAUGUUCUGUUGUAGUCGGCAUUAGGUCACUGUAAAAUUGCUGCAUGACACCUGUUUGGGUGCAUGAUUCAAUGGAUUGAGGGGGAGCCAGAAACCGAGGUGCUGAGGAUAUGCAGCACCCAGUGAGAGCCCUUUCUCGCCACUCUCAUCUGGGAAAAGGGCUUGUCUAGGCACACAUUGACAGUGCUGUCAAACCAUCUUGUAUCAUUUAUAAAUAAGGUCAGAUUCUGAAUCAGUACUAAGAGUUACAAGUUGCAUUCCAUGACAGGAUACCCAAUGAAGAUUCUAAUUCCAGCUAGGGAUGUGAGACAGUUUUAAAAACUGCCACUUAAAAUUUAACUUAAAGAUUCUAUUAAAACAAACCAGUAGGUUUUGGUGCAGUUUAUUUUAGGGUUUAUUAAUGAAGUAGUCCUGAUGGUCACAGAAGGAUCAUGUCUUUUGUAUUAUGGAAGAAAAGAACUAUCAACAAAUGAGAACCCUGAGACAGUCUGACUUGGUCCAUGAAAGCUCUCUGGAAGGGGAGUAAGAGAUGAGUCUGUCCCCCUUCAGGAACAUUUAGUUUUGACAGUGUUGUUUCUGUGGGAGUGAUCCCAGCAUGGACUCGACUGAGCCUCCAAAGGGGAGUGAGUGGGCCCGGCUGUCCCCUGGUUGGCUCACCUUUUAAAGGCAAGGCCAUGACUUGGAGCUGUGGUGUCUUGGGAGGUCCCUCCUGGCCUCAGCCACAUGCAGCCUUCUGGGAUUUACGUGCCCAGAGAAAGGGGCAUUGAGCCUGAUGAAACCAGGUCAUACUCAGAACAAUGGAGCAGCCAAAAAUUUUUCCCCCACUUUUUUGUCAACCUGACAGUUUUUCUAGACUAAAUCUCUACCAAUAGUUAAAAAUUCCUUGGAGCAAUAAUCAUGUUUUUGAGUUGUAUUUUUUCCAUACUCUUCCUCUGGGGUUUGUUUUCAUUAUUUUGUAUACAAGAUUCCAUCUCAAAAAAUUUUCAUAUGUAUUAUUGCCAGUUACAGGGCAUUGUUCCAUGGUUAUUAAAAGCUAUAGUUUAUUAAAAAUCCUGGUUUAAGGGCUACAUUAUCUUUCACUUCCAUUGGGUUAUAAAAACAAAUUGGGCUGCUAACUGCAUCCAUAAUCUGUUUUUCAUUUUCCUGUCUUGAGUUUCUUGGAGUAUGAUCCCCUGAGCGCCACUUUCAUUAUGUAUGCUCGUAUUUAUUCCCCAUUUCAGAUGUUCAUUAAUUGUGAAAGUUCUGGUUGACUGCAUUGCUUCCAGGCUUUGUUACAGUUGUUUUUAUUAAUUGCUGCAAAGUGGGUUGUAUAGAGUGAUAUGCUUUUACUGAUUGAAUCCUUGUCUCCUAUAGGUUUGGAUAUUUUCUGUGGCUGGUCAUGUUACUAGAUUAUAUUUUCUUGUAAAAAUGGUGGCGUCCCCCUCUUGUUGCCAUUGGAGCUGCUUCUAAAUAGGCCACAGAAAAUUGUUAGCAAUCAGGAUGCUGUCUGAGCUCUGGUGCGUGAUGGCUGUAAUCUUCCUUACCAGGAUCUAAAAAUCAUGUAUACUGGCUCUCUUCUCUAUUAUUACGUUGCAUAAAUAUUUCCUCUCUAAACUGGGCCAAAAUGUUUGUUUUCUAAACUUAUGGCUUCUACUGUCUUAUCUCUAUUUUAGCCCAUAUUCCUCUUGAGUAUUUUGAUUGGGUUCUGGUUACCAACACAUUUAUUGACUUUAUUAUUCCAAAGCACCUUUUUCUAUUUGACUUACUGUAAAAUUAAUGAUUUACAGAUUGUUCUUCAGCAGAUUCUUUAAGGUCACUUUCUUUGGUACAGAUGGUAUGGCUGCCACUACCAAUACUAAACUAUUCUUACUUUGUUCUGUAUGUAAAUGAUAGUUUUUACUCUCUUUUUUCUCCUCAUUUAGCCCAGAUUCUCUCUCAGCGAGGCGCACUGCUAGGUCUGGGGGGAGCUGCAGACCUGAACAAAGAAUAGGGACAGGAAUCAGACUUGCACACAGGCAAGCAGACACUGCCCACAGGCCCAUGCCCAGCUGUAACUUGUGGGACUGAAAAGUCAUUUGUGCAGUAAAUGUACUCAGUAUAUCCAUAUUUCUUUAUGGAUAUAAUGAAUUUUUUUUUCAUGAUUUGGGUUUUUAGGUAGUUCACAAAAUACAGAGCAUCCUUUUAAAGCUUUUAAAAGCAUUGGCAUUAGCAGUUCCUGAGGACCUUGAGUAAGUUCAGCCAUGUAGCCAUGUAGAGCUUUAUUUUAGGGAGCUGAUUUGACACUGUAAUUGUCUUCAUUUUAGGGGGCAUUUACUUUAUGACUUAAUUUUCUGAUCAGAAGUUUUAAAAUGUAAAAAAACAAACAAAAAAACUCCCUCAAGGGAUACAUGCAUGUGACUUUUUUUUUACACGUAGCUGCAGUUUAUCUUUACUGCUAUAUAGAGUUCAUUAUGUGAAUAUACUAUGAUUUAUUC